CUCCUGUUGUUUAGACUGGCUUCUCUUGUCUCUUUUUCUUUUCUUAUCAUACAUCUAAUUUUCCUCUCAUAAGUAUUUUGUUCCCCCGUUUUAGGUAUACACUACACAAUUAAGUGGAUUAUAGUUGCAUUCUAUAAGAUUGUCUGGUGCAUGCUCCAAGUGCAGGAGUAAGAUGGAGCUGGAGGGAGAGAAUCAAACGUGCUGUAUAUGAUUUGGUUUGACACAUGUUGCGCCUUAGGAGUGUGUAUAAAUCUUUAAUUAUAUGUUUUUGGAUUAAACAAAACAGCAACGUUUUAACAAACAAACAUGGAGGACCGUGAAAUGUGGCAACAGAAGCUUGACAAACAGCGAAAACUUUUAAUGAAGAAGCAGCAAAAAAGGAGAACUAAUGCUCAGAUGAUUACAGCAAAUCAUGAUGCUCGACCAAAGAACUGUAGGAAGAAACCUGCAGCUGAAGACACAGCUCUGUUAAUCAGUCAGUCUCAAAGCAACACCUCCUUAAAUGACACGCAGCUGGAGCAGGGCUAUGAUAACAUGCUUGAAGAGAUCAAUCUUAAUGAAAUGAUCAUUUCACCUCAAAUGAUACCAGAGGACACAAUGCCACCAGUUCCACCUGUUAAGACAAUUGACCUGGAUACAGAUAAUCAAACAGCUCCCAAACACACACCAACCACACCCAAUCAAUCCGAGGAGAAGAAAAUGAAGAAAAAAGUUGCUAAGAAGACUCAAGCUAAACUGCUUGAGCAUCAUGAUGUUGGAGAGGGUGGAGAAAAGCAAGCGAAAAAAUCACUGAAGAAAAAGGAAAAGAUGAAGACAGAGGAACUGCAAACAGUUGAGACUGAUUCUGUGGUGGAGUUCAACAUUACGGAUGCAAACAAAACUGAAACAGAGAGUGAGGAUGAAGAAAAAGGCUGGUCAAAGAGUCCUGUGCCUCCCACACCAAAGAAAAAACAACUUGUAUCUACUUCUGCAUAUCCAGAUGACUCUGAAGAUGAAACAGAAGUCAAGGAGAAUAAGAAGGAAAAUCCGAAACCACAGAAAAAGUUCCAAAAAUCUAUGAAGAAUGAUUAUGAUCUUGCAUCAUUAAAUUCGAACUAUAGGCGUUUCUCUUCAGAGAGUAACUCAUCAGACAUGGGAAAGUCCUCUCCAGUGUCUUUAGAGGAUCUAGAACAGUUUGCUCUUCGCCCUGCGCCAAGAGAUGUUACAAUUCAGUGUAGAAUCACCCGAGACAGGAGAGGAAUGGAAAGAGGAAUCUAUCCUACAUAUUACCUCCACAUGGAGAAAGAGGAUGGGAAGAAAGUCUUUCUCAUGGCUGGAAGAAAACGUAAGAAGAGUACAACUUCAAAUUAUCUGAUUUCCAUUGAUCCUACUGAUUUAUCCCGAGACACCAGCAGCUAUAUAGGCAAAUUAAGGUCAAAUGUUUUAGGGACUAAAUUCACUGUAUAUGAUAAUGGAGAGAAUCCAGACAAGAAGCCAUUUGUAAAGGAGAGCGAAUCACUUCGACAAGAACUUGCAGCAAUAUGUUAUGAAAAAAAUGUGCUGGGUUUUAAAGGCCCCAGAAAAAUGACAGUGAUCAUUCCUGGCAUGCAUGAGAAUGAUGAAAGAGUCUGUAUUCGUCCAAAAAGUGAACUUGAAUCUCUUCUUACUCGCCAUGAAAAUGGUAACAAAGAGAAUUUAGUUUGCCUUGUGAACAAAUCACCAACCUGGAAUGAGCAGACACAGUCUUAUGUGCUGAACUUCCAUGGGCGAGUUACACAGGCAUCUGUCAAGAACUUUCAGAUCGUUCAUCCUGAUAAUGAGGACUACAUUGUUAUGCAGUUUGGAAGAGUGGCAGAAGAUGUGUUUUCCAUGGACUACAGCUUCCCUUUGUGUGCACUACAAGCCUUUGCCAUCACUUUGUCCUCCUUUGAUGGCAAACUUGCUUGUGAAUAAAUAAACAGUUUUGAAUAAGAUGAGGUUUUUUAAUUGAUGAACAAUAGGCAACGAUCUUUACUUAUUGAUGGAAAGUAUUAACUAUUUAUGUAUUCUCUACAAUACAUUAUAUAAAUUAUUGAUACAUAAUAUAAUUUCAUAUAUAAUACUUUUUUAUUCAUUUGUAUUUUUUUUAUUUUGGACCGAGUAAUUUGUAACUACAAAAACAAAAAUAUUAACCUUUUAUUGUAAGGUGUGUAUAGAAAACAUAACACUUUAUAAAUUGAAAUUUUUUUAGCCUUCUGUUGCCUACAAGGUGAACUGCAGCUGUAAGGAAAACUUAAAUUUUCUGCUU